UCCUUUUAAAUAUUUUGAAAUGAAUUUGAAAAUAUGUUUUCUUAUUUUAUACAGCUUAAGCUUAACUUAUAUACAGUCUGUAUCAAGCUAUUCUGUACAUACUGUAGGUGAAUAUAAGAAAGAGGAGAAUGGGAUAUGUCAGAAUGGAUAUUGUGGGUCAAACAACUACAGCCACCUUCUUGAAGUAUUCAAGGGCCUCUUUCAUUCAACUAAGGGAUUAUCAAUGUUAGACAGACGUAGCAAUAACGCUUUAGCUUCUCCAGUAUCUAAAGACGAACCUCAAUUAUCUCCAGUACUUGAACCAAUGCGUUUGUAUGCUGACGACGGAGCUAUAUGUUGCUCAACGCAUGUGCAGCAUAAAAUUAACACAACAAUGACUAACAUCUUUGGAGUGAGUAUGAAUAUUAUACACCUGGCUGAUGCUUCCGAACCCACCUACCAGUAUAUUCUACAUGCUUCCUGUGUGCAGACUGGAAGCUGUCCAGGCGAAUGUCUUAUUGAGAGUAAAAUUCUGACUUUACUGACUUUGGAUGCAAAUCAAAACUUGGCAUUUGGAUUGUUUGAGGUCCCAGGGUAUUGCUCCUGCAAGAAUACUGGCUCGUCUAUCAACGAAAGUACAAGGCGGUGAACAAGACAAAUUGCCUGUCAAAAAAAAGAAUUUCAUUAUAUUGUGUUGUCAUAAAGUCAUAUAAAAUUACCAUUGUUUUGUUGUGCACUAUUUAUAAGAGUGAUUGAACCUUUUGCAGAUAGAAAGUGUUGAAAUUUGAUUAAACUAUUUCUGCACAGAAACGCUGAAAUUGUCAGACGCGCUGAGAUUAUGUUAACGUAUAUAUCAGAAGAUUUUUAUAUCAAUCGUUACUGCUUCAGAUAUAUGGUCAUUUUUGUCAAAAAGAAAAGACAGGUCAACGGAGUGCAUUUAUUAAAGUGAUUUCUUCUCCAAACAUUUGAUAAAAAGCUUAUAGAAAUACUUACAAUGACAAUUCUGUUUUAGAGGUUUAAACCUACGUCUAAUUAAAUUUUUGGUCAUCGUGAACUUCAGAAAACCUUGGCAACAUACUAAACUGAACAUUUGUAAGUGCAUAAUUCAAUCUUUACACAUUUAUAUUCGUUUUACGUAGCAUUAAUAAGAGAAAUCUCAAUCAUUUAUUUAAAGUGAGAACAAAGCCCCUCUUUCAAUAGUUUGCCCAUUGGAAAAAGGUCUAAGUAUGUUAUCAUUAAUGUUUCGAAGGUAUUACUGCAGUUUAUCAAAACAUAAAUUGCGCAUGGUAUAGGUAAGAACAUUCAUAUAACAACACUGUAAGUGCAGCUUCAAUUAUAAAAAUGAUACUGAUGUUGAUAAAACAACUAUACUGUACACUUCCUUCUAGUAAGUUCCAAAAAUGUACAUCUUACAGCGGAAAUUGUUUUUGUUUUACGUGUAGUGUGAUAACAAACAGCCCGC